AUGGUGACCACAAGAGGAAUGGAGAAUCCCGACCCAAUCCAGAUGAUAAGAGACCUGCAGGCGCAAUUGGAAGAGCAAGCCCGAACCAUUGCGACCUUGCAGCAAGAAUUGCAACAGAAGAAAACUGAUGACGCCGAACGUAGCAAAGAAAAACGAGACAACCGAGAGGGAUCUAAAGACAGUCAGAAUCACAAUCCGCCUCCCCCUCCACGGUCCCCAGACCUUUUGCCAUUUACCGAUAUCAUCAUGCAGGCUCCUAUGCCCGAUCGACCUCCACCUCACAUGGAGAAAUUCGACGGUACAACGAAUCCAGAAUACCAUUUACGGAAUUUUGUUGAAUCAAUGGCCUUCUACACUCAAAGUGAUCCGGUGAAGUGUCGGGCGUUCUUUUUGUCACUAAAGGGAGAAGCCCUCGAAUGGUACUACACCCUACCACCAAAUUCGGUAGACAACUUCCGCACGCUGACAAACAUGUUCACGAAGCAAUACUCCACCAACCGACAUGAAGAAGUGACUGGUGCUGAACUAGUCAAUCUUAGGCAGGGAAAAGACGAAACCCUCAGAGCUUUCAUGCAUCGAUACAACCAAUCCGCUCGGAGGAUUAAGGGAGCUAAUCCCGAGUUCAUCAUCAGCAGCCUGCCCAACUGCCUAAAGCCAGGAUUCAUCUCCGAAAGCCUGUAUGCCAAAUUGCCCCGUACGCUGGAGGAGUUGCAGCAAAAGAUGGCUAAGUUCAUUAAAAUGGAAGACCAGAGAAUCUCUCGAAAGCAACAACACGAGGAACAUUCGGCGAAUAACAACAAAAAAGAGGGCAAACGAAAAAAUGACAACGUCCGGGAACAAAAACCGGUCGUGAACCUAAAUCCCAGAUACGACCGCUACGCGCAUCUCACCGCCCCCAGAGAAAAGGUGUUGGAACGAGCUCUACAAUCAAACCUUAUCUCUCAAAGAAGAAAAUUUCCACCGAAAAAUGUGGAUGCAGCACAGAUUUGCCGAUUCCAUAAUUCGGCGGGGCAUACUACUGAAGGUUGCCAGACCCUCAAAGAUGAAAUAGAAAAGCUAAUUCAUGCCGGACAUCUUCGUGAAUUUGUGAAGGAAUAUACCGGCCGUUCGAGAUACUCGCCCAGAAAGACAUGGAGAAGCACUGAACCUGGCAAACGAAGAAAUGAUUACCCACGCGACCGUUCUCGUAGUCCCCCGAGUUACAGAUCACGCAGCCGACCGAGAGAGCGCGAACCCGUGAUAAAAGGCAGGAUUGACACAAUCUCAGGAGGUUUCGCCGGAGGAGGCGCCUCAUCCUCGGCGCGAAAGAGACACUUGAGAAAUUUGCACAUCAUACACUCAGUGACACGCAAUCCAGCAUCAAUGUCAGAUAUUACAUUCACAGACAAAGAUUUUCACGCGCCAGAUCCUGAUCAAGAUGACCCCAUGGUCAUCACCGCCCGCAUUGCACAAUACGAUGUAAGUAAAGUCCUCGUUGAUCAGGGUAGUUCAGUUAAUAUAUUAUACUGGACAACUUUUCGAAGAANGGAGAUUUCUGAAGAUAUGAUUGCUCCGUUUAACGAGCAAAUAGUUGGCUUUGCUGGAGANAGAGUAGACACCCGGGGGUAUAUUGACUUACGAACCCACCUAGGAUCUGCAGAUGGUGGCAAAGAGCUCAGAGUUCGUUUCUUACUUGUAGAAGCAAACACGUCUUAUAACGCCCUCCUAGGGCGCCCAUGCCUGAAUGCCUUUGGGGUAAUNGUAUCUACCCCACAUUUGNCAAUGAAAUUUCCUACAGACAAAGGAAAUAUUUGCACCGUCCGGGCAGANCAGAGAACCGCCCGUCAAUGUUACGUUGCCGGUUUGAAGGUCACCCCUUACAAAAAAGAGAACCGCACAGAGACCAUCUUAAUUGACCUUGAUCCAAGGACCAACAUAGACGAACGCAUACAACCGGAAGGAGAGAUAAGGCCUUUCGUCGUGGGAAAAGCCGAACAAUAA